AUGCCUCUAACUCCAUCCUCUGGCUUUAUUAUUCUCCCCAAGGUAUUGGCCAACCAAGGUUGUAGAGAUGGACACUUCACCUCUGCGGGCGAUUGUUGUCAGCUCUGUCCUCCGGGCUACGGGGUUGCCGUUCCCUGUGGCGCCACCAACACCAAGUGUGAACCGUGCCAAAAAAAUGUAAAGUUCUCGUCCAUCAGCAGUGCCACGGAGCCUUGCCACCCAUGUUCGGUGUGUCCCGGACAUGCGCCCAUGCUGGAUGCAUGCACCCCUACCCACGACACGGUCUGCGCCACCCUCUGCCCUCGGGGCCAUUAUCUUCCGGCAUCCAACGCGACCCACAGCCACGGGCCGUGUCUCCCUUGCCAGGUGUGCCCAGAAGGCUACGGAGUGGCGACAGCUUGCGGCCCAAACACCGACACCGUGUGCCAGAAAUGUCCGGACGGUUAUUACUCAGAGGUCAAAAGCUCUUCAGAGCCAUGCUUCGCUUGCCACAUGGAGUGUGAUGAGAACGAGGUGAUGAUCCAGGCGUGCACCCCUCUCUCGGACACUCUCUGCAUGGAAAAAGAGCUGCAAAUCCUGAAGCGGACCGAGGGAGAACCUCGGAAAGAUUUCCCCAAACGGACGUCCCGUUUCGAUUCGGAAGGCGGCGUCCCCACCAACGCCUCCACCUCGGAGUUCGGGCCGCCGUCGGAUGAGGACAGCAGCAAAUACAUCAUCCCGGUCUACUGCUCCAUCUUGGCCGCUGUGGUGGUGGGACUUCUCGCCUACGUGGCUUUCAAAUGCUGGACGACAUGUAAGCAGAAGCACCAGCUGGCUAAAGCUCGAGCAGGAGAGAUGGUGACUUCCCCGGAAGGUGAGAAGCUUCACAGUGACAGCGGCGUCUUUCUGGACACCCACAGCCUCCAUGAGCACCACCCUCUCAAUAAGGCACCUAAGACGGAGCCCCGGCUAUACACGAACCUCCCACCCCACAAGCAGGAAGAGGUGGUGCACCUUCUGGAGAGCCCGGCCCAUGGCAAAGACUGGCGUUGCCUGGCCAACCACCUGGGCUACGAAGAAGACACCAUUGACACCUUCGGCCGGGGGGAAGCCCCCACCCACACUUUGCUCUCCGAUUGGUCCUCCAAAGAAGGGGCCACGCUGGAAGCCCUGAGCACAGCUCUGGUGGCCAUUGGGAGGGUGGACGUGGCGGAGAACUUGAACGCCCCCCUCGAGGUCAGCUCCGUGGUGUGACGGGCCUGCCCGGUGGACUUGGUUGGGACUGGUUCUUUCUUUGUUUGUCGUUGUUUUUUUCUUUUUUUAAUUAAAAAGGGGGGGAGGCAAGAGGGGCAGGAAGGAAGAAGGGUUAGCAACUUUUUGUUACGGUAAAAGGGAUUGUUUUUAAUGAAACAAAACUUUGAGAAAACGACAACGGAUGAGGCUGGGAUGAACAAAACCCCAAUAGGAGACUCUGGAUGGACCCCCUGUGGGUAUAACGAAGGAAGGAAAUGGCCUUGUUUUAAUGGGAAGGAUAGAAACCCCCAGCCUCGAGUAUUUCAACUUGUGGGGAUCUGUGGUCCAAAAGCAGGGCGCACAGAAGUGUUGCCGAUGUAGAGUCAGGUCAGGAAAACUAGACACGUACUAAAUCCUCCUUGGUGUUAUCUCCAUGGCCGAGGGCAGCUGGAAGGCAGAAAUAGGACCCAAACUGGGAUGUUGCGGGUAUAGGAAUCUCUCCCCCAUGAGAAGUAAAAUCUGAAUAAACUGUUCAAGCCAGCUAGGGUUCUAAGAGGGUUCCACGGGGGUUAAUUCUUCCUCCAGGAAGAUCUGGGGUGAGGGAUCGGCACCCCAUGCAUUUGUGACUUAAAAAGCCAUUGUGGGAGGGGUUCGAAUCUCGAAGACCGGAUCGCCUUCGAACUCAGCUCCUCUUUGUCAAUUCUCUCGGCUUCCUUCGGCUGUUCCAAAAUGAGAGGCGUUGCCUACUUCCCCCUUCGAUGGGUAGCUUCAAGGAAUAAGAGAGAACAUCUGGAGACACAGAGGUGGCCCGUGUAGGACACCCCUCCCCAUCCCAUGGAAACUUCCAGUAAUUUUACUCUCCAAACCAGAUGGCCUUACAGGAGCUCCUGGGUUAGGUAUUCUUGUAGACAGUCUUGCCUCACUGACGUCUUCCUGUGGCCGCGUGCCCUCUCUGCUUCCAGGGGCCCUCAUGCUCACAUUUUAGAGUGGGACAAUGAGGCCCCCAUCUGACAGAGAUGCUCGAACAGCGCUACUCCAUUUCGAGAUGUCUGCAGGUUGCUGUUCCAUCUUGCAGUUAUCCUGUCUUCAUAACAACAUUGUUUACGGCCACAAUCAUAACCCCUCUGCACAUUAUUAUUUCCCCCCCCCCAGUUUUCCCACUUCCCCCCUCUGUGUUCAUUUGUUCUGACCACAGACCCAUAAAGUCACUGACUGAGGGGUCAUGCUGAAUCUCAAACGGCCCUUUCAAAAUUUAGGCAUCUCACUGCAGAAACGGAGGUUGGGGGUUCGAUUCCCCCCAUCUGGGCCUCCUGGACAGGGGCUGGACCGGAUGAUCCCAGAGGAUGAUCUAAGAGAUCAGCAGUUCUAAGAUGAUUGUAUUGUUAAUAAACUUAGUGCCCUCCAGAAGUGUUGAAUCAAUAAGACCAUCAGCUCAAGGGCUGGGUUACCUGCAAAGGGUGGAAGCUGUCGCUCCGGAGGGGGGCACACAUUGGAGAACAACGAUCUUGAAGGUCCCUUUCGUACGCUUUGUCAACAUGCAUGCAGAGCACCCCGCCUGAUGUCCCUAAGGAGCCAGAGACCAACCCUCAAGGUGUCCAUGCACAGAAUCAUAGAAUCGUGAAAUGGGAAGGGG